AUGCUACAGACAGACACAGACACAGACACAGACACAGACACAGACACAGACACAGACACAGACACAGACACAGACACAGACACAGACAGACUCAAAAAUGAAUUAGAGAUAACAAUCAAAUCUGAUGAUGAAAAUGGCAAACAAUUGAAUCACAAAAUGAUUGAUGAAUUUCAAGAUCAUGUCAUCAAAGUUUCAGAUGUAGUCGACGUUCAUUCGCUAUUAACUGUUCCGCGAAAAGCUAGACCCGCGCCGCUGUCGUGUAUGGCUUGCAAUACAUUUGUAGGGAUCGUAAAGUCUUUAUGGAUACCAAUUGAUUUUAUGGCAAAUUUAAUGAUCAAAAUAUGUUCAUCAAAGUACAACACUGUUGUAUGCAAUGGGAUAAUCAACUUAAUCAAAGAACCUAUUGAUGAAAUCAGACAUAAAUCUCGAGUAUCACCGAAGGAAAUCUGUGCCAUAGUAUUGGGCGACCAAUGUUUGGGUGGAGAACUGUCGGACAAUGUUUACUGGAAAUUGAAUGUCACUGAAAAACGCAAGAAAUUAAAAAUUACUGACAAUAGGUCUAAGAAGAAGACAUUAUACAGGAUAUUGCAUAUAACAGAUAUACAUCUCGACACUUAUUAUGUGCCAUUGACUCCCGAUUGUGGUACACCCUAUUGUUGUCGAAAAUAUAAUAUUAGUAAUAGAGUCGGUAAUGAAAGCGUAGACUUGAAAGAAAUUGCUGGUCAUUGGGGAUCAUACUAUUGCGAUCCGCCAUUGAAUUUGAUGGACAAUCUGUUUAAGAGUAUUGAUUGGCAGUCAUUUGAUUGGAUCUAUUGGACGGGAGAUGUGACACCACAUGACAUUUGGGCCGAUAAUAAAAACGAAACGAUUGGAAACUCGCGAAUCAUUACAGACUAUCUGAAAAAGUUUACCAAUAAGACAGUUAUCGGCGCUUUUGGUAAUCAUAUAUCACUACCCGUCGGAACUUUUUCACCGCAAGAUAUAACUGGAAAGUUAUCCACAAGAUAUCUCUACGAAGAAACUGCCAAAGAAUGGUCACAAUGGUUGCCAACUAAGGCUUUGCCAACAUUUCUUAACGGUGGUUACUAUUCAUUAACUAUUAGACCCGGAUUUAAGAUAAUAGUUGUGAACACCAAUUAUUGCUCCCGAUUUAACUUAUGGACAUACUAUGAACCAAUAGAUUUGGGUAAUCAACUCAAAUGGUUAAUGAAUGAGUUAGAAUUGGCCGAAAAUGCCGGUGAAAAAGUCCAUAUUGUUGGACAUAUACCACCAGAUAAUGAGGAGUGCACUCAGGGAUGGCUUUAUAAUUAUAUGGCAAUUGUUGAGAGAUUUAGCGACACAAUUGUCGGUCAAUUCUAUGGCCACACACAUGUCGAUGAGUUUCGGACAUAUUAUUCAAACAAUGAUAGUAAGAAAGUUAUUGGAUUUGCAGUUAUAUCUCCCAGUGUUGCACCUUAUGAUCAAAAAAUGAAGCUUAAUCCGGCUUAUCGUAUAAUAAAGUGUAAUCAAAACGGUGUUAUACAAGACAUGGAAACUUACUCUACAGAUCUGGGACGAGCCAAUAGUGAACCUAAGCGGACACCCGACUGGCCAUUUGAAUACUCGAUGGCUAAAGACUACUCAAUGGGUUUUACAAACAAUGAUUUUGAUCGACUCGUUUAUAAAAUUAAACGUAACGACAAAUAUUUACAAUUAUAUUACGCCAGAUAUACCCGAUUCCCAGUAAAUGCCAAUCAGUUUUGCAAUAAUGAUUGUAAAAACAAACUGAUCGGCAAUAUUAUAGCCACUAAUGCUUUUGAAUCGGAUCCUAAACCUCUAAGUUUUGGAUAA